GCCGUGGACAGGAUUGGAGGCUAGUAGUGAGUGACUGCGGAGAGAGAGAGAGACUGAAGAGAAGAGAGGAGAGCAGAGCAGAAGAGAGAUCUAUAUUAGCAGUAUCUCUGCUGGAUACCUCUUCAAUAUUUCAAUCAGAAUUCUUCCUCAACCAGCUCGAGCCUCACACUUCCCACCGGACCCCCAUCACCCUACCCUUACCAGGGGGACAUAUGAACAGCACAGAGGGUUUACCACCCCGGACCUCCACACAGGGAGCCAUGUAAUACCCCCUUGCGCUGCUGAAUUUCCCCAAAUCGGUGCUCUGAAUCGGGAUUGAAACCAAGGAUUGUAUCCCCCCUGCCAGAAACCCCCUCCUGGGUUUGUGGAUCUUCUCUAGCUGCAAGAGGAGGAAGGGAAGGGAGGGACUGCUAGGUCUCUGCAUACCUGGCUGGGAGACACUCUUCUCUGGGGAAGUGUGGGGUGUGUGCCCCCCUUGGGCUGGAGGCCAGCGCUCCAGCACCAUGGAUUACCUACCUGGGAUUGUACUGUUGCUGCUGUUCUGCGGGGCGGUGGUGCCGGGGCAGGGGGAGCCCAAGCACAGCGUCCCCAGGUUAAAGCUCUCCUACAGGGAGAUGGUAGAAUCCAGUAACCUCAUCACUUUCAACGGCCUCACCAACAGCUCCGGCUACGACACCUUCCUAUUGGACGAGGAGAGAGGAAGACUGUUGGUGGGUGCCGAGGACCACGUCUUCUCCUUCGACUUGGUCAAUCUCAACAGAGAGCACAAACAGAUCGCAUGGCCAGCCACGCCCUCAAAGCGUGACGAGUGCAAGUGGGCGGGGAAAGACCUCGGG